CAUUAGUGACAAAACCAUCCAAAUAUUAAACAAAUGGCCAACAAUAAUUCAAACUCUCCCACCGGUCCACACUUUCUAUUCGUAACAUUUCCAGCCCAAGGUCACAUCAACCCAUCUCUCGAGCUAGCCAAACGCCUCGCCGGAACCAUCUCCGGUGCUCGAGUCACCUUCGCCGCCUCCAGCUCCGCCUACAACCGCCGCAUGUUCUCUCAAGAAAACGUCCCCGAAACCCUAAUCUUCGCUACCUACUCUGAUGGCCACGACGACGGUUUCAAAUCCUCUACUUCCUCCGCUAAAUCUCGUCAAGACGCCACCGGAAACUUCAUGUCUGAGAUGAGACGACGUGGCAAGGAGACACUAACCGAACUAAUCGAAGAUAACCGGAAUCAAAACCGGCCUUUCACUUGCGUGGUUUACACGAUUCUCCUCACUUGGGUCGCUGAGCUAGCGCGUGAGUUUCACCUUCCUUCUGCUCUUCUUUGGGUCCAACCUGUAACAGUCUUCUCCAUUUUUUACCAUUAUUUCAAUGGCUACGAAGAAGCAAUCUCAGAGAUGGCUAAUAACCCCUCUAGUUCUAUUAAAUUACCGUCUCUGCCACUACUCAGUCUCCGUGAUCUUCCUUCAUUCAUGGUCUCUUCCAAUGUCUACGCGUUUCUUCUACCGGCUUUUCGAGAACAGAUUGAUUCACUGAAGGAAGAAGCAAACCCUAAGAUCCUCAUCAACACUUUCCAAGAGCUUGAAUCAGAAGCCAUGAGCUCGGUUCCAGAUAAUUUCAAGAUUGUUCCCGUUGGUCCGUUAUUAACGUUGAGAACCGAUUCAUCGAGUCACGGUGAAUACAUAGAGUGGUUGGAUACAAAAGCGGAUUCGUCUGUGCUUUACGUUUCGUUCGGGACACUUGCCGUGUUGACCAAGAAACAGCUUGUGGAGCUUUGUAAAGCGUUGAUACAGAGUCGGAGACCGUUCUUGUGGGUGAUUACGGAUAAAUCGUACAGAAGUAAAGAAGAUGAGCAAGAGAAAGAAGAAGAUUGCAUAAAGAGUUUCAGAGAAGAGCUCGAUGAGAUAGGAAUGGUGGUUUCUUGGUGCGAUCAGUUUAGGGUUUUGAAUCAUAGAUCGAUAGGGUGUUUCGUGACGCAUUGCGGGUGGAACUCGACGUUGGAGAGCUUGGUAUCGGGAGUUCCGGUGGUGGCCUUUCCGCAGUGGAAUGAUCAGAUGACGAACGCGAAGCUUUUAGAAGAUUGUUGGAAGACAGGUGUGAGAGUGAUGGAGAAGAAGGAAGAGGACGGAGCAGUGGUGGUGGAUAGUGAGGAGAUACGGCGGUGCAUUGAGGAAGUUAUGGAGGAGAAGGCGGAGGAGUUUAGAGGAAACGCGGCGAGCUGGAAGGAUUUAGCAGCGGAGGCGGUGAGAGAAGGUGGCUCUUCCUUUAAUCAUCUCAAAGCUUUUGCCGAUGAGCACAUGUGAUUUGGUAUCAGAAAUUAUAACAACACUCUGUUUUUUUGUUCUUUUUUGCUCUGUUUCAAUGUUUACACAAUACAGUAUUUUGGAUAUU